AAGCACAGUCACUUCCUCUAAAGCGACAAUGAGUUGGGCAGGUUUUAAGAAAUCGGUAAACAGAGCGGGCACUACGCUCCUGCAAAAGACAGGCCAGAUCGAGAGGACGGUCGAUCGUGAAUUUACCGAUGAGGAGGCCAAAUAUCGGACCUAUGAGAAAGAAUGUCAGGCUCUUCAAAAAGACAGCAAGGCAUACUGGGACGCUAUGCGUGCGAUGACUUCUGCCCAGAGCCGCAUCGCAGAAACGUUAGAGGUGUUCUACGGUGCUGCGGAUCAAGCAGCUGAGGGAGCUAUGGCGGGACAUGCGUACAAGCGGUCAGUCGACGAUCUAGAUACGAGUUUCAGCCGGGAGCUCGAAGCACCUUACCGAACCACAAUAUCGGAGCCUUUGGGUAAGAUGUGUGCAUACUUCCCCGUCGUAAACGAGCAUAUUUCAAAACGGAACAAAAAGCUUCUGGAUUAUGACUCGGCUCGAAGUAAAUUGCGAAAACUUAUCGACAAACCCAGUGAAGACCCAACCAAGCUGCCCAAGGCUCAACAAGAACACGAUGACGCCAAAGAGGUCUUUGAUAUGCUGAACGACCAGUUGAUCACUGAACUGCCUCAACUUCUGGAUCUUCGUGUGCCAUACUUCGAUCCGAGCUUUGAGGCCAUGAUUCGGAUGCAGUCUAAGUUCGCGGAAGAGGGAUAUGAGAAACUUAGCGGCGUGCAGCGAUACUUUGCCGAUAACGUUCGGGAUGAUUAUGCCGCUGGCCAACUCGACGCACAGGUGGAGGGCGUUCUACAAGAGAUGAGAGAGCUUUCUAUCUGCGGGGGAAAUUAAAGGUGGGGGGAUCUUGCGUAGAUAGCUUUGUACUGUACAACAGGUUAACAACGGACUUGGGUGGAAACUUC